AUGACUACAUUCGACGUCGUCGGAGCUGUUUGGUCGGGCUGGUGGAGUGCAGACUUCUCCACACUUCAGCCUCCCCACCAUCUAGCCGCCAUCCGCUGCGACCCGACCUCUUCUGUGCCAUCUGGCACUGCGACCUCAACCGAAAGAUCGAGCGCGAAUCUGAUCCGCACGCUUGCCAACAAUCGCCCCACCGAUGGACACGGCCUGAUCCGCCUCUCGCUAGAGUCUCGCCGCGCCGGCCUCAGCAUUUGCGGAAGCUGUAUUCUUUCUGACCUCCGCAAGAGAAGGAGCUGUGCAGUGUCAAACUCACUGAAAAUCUUCGCCGCCACCAUGGAUGCAUCUGCGCCAGCCCGUCCGUCAUGGGCCGAGAUCGAAGAGGCUACGCGCAGUGAUGCUGGCUCACCCGCGACCACGCUCGUCGACUCGCCCGCGUGGCACUUUGACGACACGAUCGUGACCGACUUUGGGCCUGCGGCGCUGGACGACGAGGUGGAGAUCGUCGAGUGCGCCGACUGCCGCAAGCCCGUGCUGCGCGAUGCGCUUAGCUUUCAUCAGCAGAACUGCAAGCUCGCACGCGACAUUGCGUCCGGCCGCAUCUCACCGUCGAUCCUCGAAGGUGACCCCAAGAAGCGCCGGAUGAUGGAAGGUAAACUACCACCUGGGCGCGACACACAUCGAAGCUGCUUUACUGACGCGCCUUUGUUCACUGCGAUGCCGGCAGAUGAUGACGAGAGUAUUUUGGGCGACGAUACCGGCAUUCCGCUUACGAAGAAGCAGAAGAAAGAGAAGCGACUGGCGGAGGAGAAGCGCAAGGGCGGACGCAAGAACAAGGGUCCUAUCGAUGUGGACAAGCAGUGCGGAGUGAUCAACGACAAGGGCCUGCCGUGUUCGCGCUCGCUCACGUGCAAGUCGCACUCGAUGGGUGCCAAGCGUGCGGUCGAGGGCCGAUCCGCGCCGUACGAUACGCUCUUGUUCGAAUGGCAGAAGGCGACCAACCCGAGCUUUGUGGCCAAGCUCGAAGAGAAGGAAAAAGCGAUCGCGGCUGCCAAAGCCGCUGCUGCAGCCGCACCGCCCAAGGAGAAGAAGAAAAAGGGCGUCAAGGACGGCAAGGCCAAAGGCGGAGCGGCGGGCGCUGGUGCAGCUGGUGCAGGUCCCGCAGGCACAGCUGGGGGUGCAGCAGCGUUUAUCGAGGACGACGAUAUGGACAUGUUUGACGCAGGCGCCGACGAGGACCAGAUGGAACAGGAGCUCAUGGCCGUGCUCGGCUCUGUGGCCCACGCGGCUUCGCGCGAUAGGACCAUGCCGUUGCCGCUGGCGACGCGCUCGUUUGUCGGCUCCUACACCAGCCGCGCAAAACGCAUGCGCAACCUGCGCGAGCUGCUCCGAGAGGGCCUCGCGCCCGGAGGCGGCGCGUACGGCAUCAACGGCUACGCCACCUGGAACAACUUCCGCCCAGGCACCUACCCUCCAAACUCCACCGCAAAGAAGGGCGUCGCCAUGGGCGCCUAG